UUCCGGAAUAAUGAACUAAACUGUAAAAAUGACCACCAUCUCCAUGUCAUCCUAGCAUAGAAAGGAGAAAUCACUUACGUUAUAGGAAACGGGUACUGUGGUGAUAAGUAGACUUAUUCCGUGUCCGGUGUACGGAGCACUGACUAAGUAGCGGGCUAUCUGACGCGAAACGAGAACCUGCCAUCCUCAUGAUAAUUAUUGUUUAACGCAGGAUGGACGCAGAUACUGCUCUCUGGAGUCUUGUAAUUACAUGCAUUAUAUCAAGUACAUUCCAGUCCGGCGACGUAGUCUUCUCAGCUCCCUCUAGAUUACACGCUGGGAGCACCUUAGCAUUACACUGUCGAUCAAACCAGGAUAGGACCAUUCAUGCAUAUCACUUCACCAUAAGAAGACUAGGCGAAGCACCAGUGCCGUUGGUUAGGAUCACUAUGGGUAGAAGUGGAAAGGAAACGCAAUGGGAAGACGACUUAGCCCAGGCCAGGGGGACGGUGAAUGCUGAACUCGGCUUCUCCAACGUUUCUUUUGCUCGAGUCCAAAUUUCUAGAGCAGACUGCACUGAUGAUGCGGAAUAUACAUGUCGCAUAACGACCGAUAGGAGAGGAGACGCGCCACAGACAUCUAGACACGUUACAAUUAUCAGAAAUCCCAAUGGUGUGUUUCCUAUAACCGCAACUUCUGUUGAAAGAAAUGAAAUGACAAAUGACAACCUAGGAAUUAUUUCAUCGGCCCUCCGAAGUUCGGGGUCCUCUGGAUAUUCAGCAUUACCCGUGGGUUCUAUAGCGGUUUUUAACUGCACUUCUAGAGAGUCCUAUCCUCCAGCAACAAUACGGUGGUGCUUGAAACGACCGAUAGACGAAACAUUUAGAAACUUUGCUUUUGCGUCAGUCCAGCGCCUGGAAAUGGUGAAUGCUUCGUUAUCAAAGCAGUCUUGCUUUUUCAAAAAGACAAGUCUUCUUCCGUUUGCAAUAACGACUGCAGAUAAUGGCACGAUACUGUCAUGUUCCACGGACACCACCGAGUGUACUCUCACAACACGCAGGAACAACGCGGCAACCUUCCUCAUCACAACUGCUGAUACGGAUAAUUCCGGUAGUGGAUCAGAAAGUGAUUUAGGCCAGGUGAUCGCUGCAGAUUCACAAACAUCAACGACAGGUAUAAUGGCGUUAGUGACUGCUGGAAUAGUUUUAAUCAUCAUCGGAGUCAGCGGGGUAGCACUUGCGGUUUUCACAUACACCAAAGCAAAAAGAAUCAAAACCGAAUAUGAAACAAUGAAAGAAAGGGAGCGGUACCAGACCCUGAAUCGAGUGUCUCAGGAUCCCGUCACAUAUGAAGUUAUGGAUGAAAACGAGUCAGAAGGAGUGACAACAAACUAUAUCAAUGCAGAUUACAGAGUGUACUCAGAGGUUGGACGUCCAAAUUCAUGACUAAACUUUGAAACCUUCAGAUCAGAAGCUCAUUAUAAGUCUUUCAUAGUGUCUCUAUUUGUUUUCAAAAAUGUAAACUUUAAAUGUAAGUUGGGUGUGAGAAUCACUUGAAUAAAAUUCCUAUAUUUCUAA